AUGGCGCGGUUAUUUCACAUCAAUUCGGUAUUAGUGACUGGAGCUAAUCGUGGCUUAGGGUUAAAGCUGGUUGAGACCUUACUGUCGACGAAGAAUCCUCCAAAACAUGUCUUCGCUUCCUACCGAGAUGUUGCCAAGACGAUGAAUUUACAAAGAUUGGCAUCUGAGCAUUCUAAUUUGAAGCUGAUUGAGCUGGAUACUACAAGCGACGUAGGAAUUCAGAAGGCCUUUAACGCUGUAGAAUCGAAUAUAUCAAAUGAUGGACUAGAUGUUUUGAUCAACAAUGCUGCAAUGUUUGAUAAAUCAAAUCUGUAUGAAGUUACAUUUGAAAAGAUGGAAUAUUCCUAUCGAGUAAAUGCAGUAGCCCCAUUGAUGAUGGUGAAGUCAUUUCUUCCUCUGCUGAAAAAAUCUUCAGUUAAUUCUAUCAAUGGAGUUAUUGUGAAUGUUAGCAGUGGCAAUGGAUCUUUAACAAACCCACCGACGUUACCAGAUAAAUAUCCGUAUAAAUGUAGCAAAGUUUGUAUGAUUUCUUAUCAUGAUCUUAUGCUUCUCGUUGCAUUAAAUAUGGUAACGAAAAAUUUAAGUAUUGACUUAGAAAGAUACAAAGUUGCUACCAUGGCAAUAAAUCCUGGUUGGAUGGCAACGGAUAUGGGUAGGCCGAAUGCCCCACGCACCCCAGAUGAAUCAGCCAGAGCUAUUACUGACCUGAUAAAGAGUCUAACAAUAGAUAGAAACGGAGGGUUUUUUGAUAUCCAUGGCAAGACCAUACCGUGGUAG